UCUCUCUCUCUCUCUCUCUCUCUCUCUCUCUCUCUCUCUCUCCUUUUUGUUGGCCUUAGCCAGAGUUCCUCUUACAUAAAGGAAAAUCUUGUAUACUGAUGUACAUACUUAUGGAAGUUAGGAUAAAAUGUAUUGCAUGUUGAUGUACUGUUUAAAACCCCAAUACCUCACAUUACAGACUAUUAAAGAUGCAGAAUCCUUGCUGAACCAUCACUGGAACCAUGAAAACACCCCUGAAAACACCAUAACAACUGGAAGUAUUGGAGGUAAGAGAGAGCAAAACAUUUGGGAGUGCAGUUUAUUAUCUGUCUCCCAUACAGGACUGGUGGUGUAUCCCUCACAUCUGGUCAUCAAGGAGUACCCCAUGGUCAAGUCCUUGCACACCGAUCUGUUCUGAUGGAAGCAGUUGGAGGGUGUGGAGGAUGUGUUGGAGGAUGGAGUGCUGAGUAUGUUGCUGCAGUCAGUGGACAUGCUGGCUGCUGGCUGACGGAGUGUACUGUGGCCCCGUUGAUUUCACUCUCAGCAAUGACUCCAAGAAGGGCAUAACAGAGUACCAGGAUGGCCAAGGAAAUCCAUCUCAAAUACCCAGAGAUCCUCCAUGCCGCUCACCCCUUCUUCCUCUCCCUCAAGUUUGUGGGUGCUGGUGGCUCUCUCCUGGAUGGAGCAGUUUUCGUGGAUCUAUUUACCCAAGAACAACUUGUCAACAAUUCCUGUAGAUGUCGUCAUCAGUGAGGUCAGUGUUAGAUACCAACUUGCUGCUCAGGUGUCUGUUGUACCUGCUGGUUGGCACCUCCACUUUGUCUCUCCUGGCUUGGUGGUGUAUCCUGAAAAUUUGGAGAUCCAGGAGAACUCUGUCACCAAGAACAUGCAAAUGAAUGUCAUUGGGUGGCUGAUGGCAGCUCCUCAAGUGAACCCAGAGAUCACUGGGCUAAAGUACAGCAAGAUGAGUGCCUUGGAGAAGCUGUGCCUUGAGUUGAAGGCUGCAGUCACCAUCAGAAAAGAGCAAAGCUACAACAAGUCAUCCAAGUACUUUGUCAAGAAGGUUUAUGUUGAAGGCAACCUCCUGCACUGCUCUCAGGAGAACAGUGGGACUCAUGACCGCCUCCAAGACCCACAGAGGAUUGGAAGGCAUAAAUUCAAUCUUGGAUAACUAUUGACAUUUAAAACUGGUGACUCCACUUGUCAGAUUGUAGGUGGGAAAGUUUUAGGGUUGAUUGAUGGGAACAUUGUUGAUCUAAAUUCUUUUUUGGUAAAGUACUGUAAAUCACUUGCAUGUGAAGUUUCAAAUUGAUGAAAUAGCAUGAAUGGUUUUGUAGUUGAAUUGUUCUUUGUAGCUGGAAAAAAAAAUUAGGGUCGAUUGAUGGGAAAACUAUUGUUCAAAAUCCUUUUAUUGUAAACUAGAUCAUGUACAUAGUUGUGAAAUUUUUUUGGAAAUGAAAUAGCAUGAAUGAUGAUGAUGUUGUUUGUGUUGUACUAUGGGUAAACCAUUGGAAAAAAUGUAGUAGUUAUGAACAAAAUUGGAUUAACUAAACAUAACUGAGGUUGUAGUUGUGAAAUUUUGGUGUAAAUUAAUGUAAACAAUGAAAUACCUUAAUAAUCAUUAAAGUUUUAAUCUUAUAUUAGGAGUCAUUGGAAAUUAGCUAAAAUAAACACCCUUAUAUUAUCUUAACCCUAUAAUGACUAACCAACUUUCCUCUCAAAUCAUAGCAUAGUUUUAACACAAGUAAACAGUGCACAGCUUUGCCAAAUGUUGUCAUAAAUCUGUGUUGGAAAUAUAGUCUUCAUCAAGCAUUA